AUGACGUUCUUCCUAACCAGAAACUCCUCGAUUACCCUAGCUUCAGUCUUGUCAUUAUUAGUGGAGACACAUUCUGAAUCUCCUCUUCCUAGAUUCAGUCUCCACCACCAAGACCAUCCACCUAAUCUAGGCUUGGUUUGGGAUUUAGUAGUAGGGAGGGAAGAAAGGCAUGGUCUGCUUGAAGGGACAAACGCCAACUUGUGGGAUGCCGCAUCUGUUAGGCAAGUGCUGAGCGGUGCUGAAGAUACGUCUCACUACUUGUGGGUGUCCCUGCUGUUGUCCCUGUUGCACCUGCGAUCUAACCGCUUUGGCCGCUCGCUUCAAGGUCCUGCAAACGCAUUCUGGCUCUUCCUGGUGAAGCUCGCUGCAGCACUGCUGGAGUAGGGGAGGUCUCUGCUGUGGGCCCUGUUGGUUCUCCAUGUCGACGUCGUCUUCGAAAUCGAACUCGUCGUCUAGGGCCCAGCUGGGUCCACCACCGGGUCUCGUCGCCUUCUUGUGGAUCCAUUGCUGGCAUGCUCUUAGGUGCUCUGCUUGCCUAAACUCCUUCUGGCAUUUCCGUUGUGGGCCAAAUGGGCCUAUUUGGUUGGUGGAGUCAUCUUCGUCGAACUCGACGACCGUGCGGUAGAUGGAGGCGUUGGCGAGAAGGAAGAAGAAGGCGAGAGUUGCGGAAACGAGGAAGAGCUUGUUCGCCAUUUGCUAUUUUUGAGUAUAUAUUUUCUUGUUUUGGUUUUGAGUUAAGAGUGACGAGUGAAGUGAAGAGUUGGUUGGUAUUUAUAGGUGAGAGAUAAGUUUUGCAUGUAGAUCACGUGUAACAACGCAU